CCGGCCGGCUGUUUGGGGGCGGGGCGGGGAGGCCCGGCCCCCGAGACCCGGGGUGGGCGAGCGGUGGGGCGGGUGAGUCCGGCCUCCUCCCCGGCUUCCCGGGGCAGGUCCCGCCGGAGCUGCCCCCCCAGGCUCCGAGGGGAUGGCGGUUGCCUGUGGCGGGCGCUGCGGCGGGGUUCUGCGGCGGCCCUGGGCUCCCGGGGGUUGGCUGGAGGUGGGAGGAGGACGCGGAGACUGCCCCGACGUGCUGGGAGCAGGUGAUUAGGGUGCUGCGCGCAGAGCCCAGCUGGAAGCCCAGGGAGCCCCGCAAGCUGUCAGCAUGCUCUCCGCCCAGGACAGCAGCUCAAUCGAGGAUUUUAAAGUUGGUAAUCUGCUCGGUAAAGGAUCGUUUGCUGGAGUCUAUAGAGCUGAGUCCAUUCACACUGGAUUGGAAGUUGCAAUCAAAAUGAUAGAUAAGAAGGCCAUGUACAAAGCUGGAAUGGUACAGAGAGUGCAAAAUGAGGUGAAAAUCCAUUGCCAAUUGAAACAUCCUUCUAUCUUGGAGCUUUACAAUUAUUUUGAAGAUAACAAUUACGUAUACCUGGUAUUAGAAAUGUGUCAUAAUGGAGAAAUGAACAGAUAUCUAAAAAACAGAAGGAAGCCCUUCUCAGAAAACGAAGCUCGACACUUCAUGUACCAGAUCAUCACAGGAAUGUUGUAUCUCCAUUCUCAUGGCAUAUUACACCGGGACCUCACACUCUCUAACCUCUUACUUACACGUAAUAUGAACAUCAAGAUUGCUGAUUUUGGGCUGGCAACUCAAUUGAAAAUGCCACAUGAAAAGCACUAUACUUUAUGUGGAACUCCUAAUUAUAUCUCACCAGAAAUUGCAACUCGAAGUGCCCAUGGACUUGAAUCUGAUGUUUGGUCUUUGGGUUGUAUGUUUUAUACAUUACUCAUUGGGAGACCACCUUUUGACACAGACACAGUCAAAAACACCUUAAAUAAGGUAGUGUUGGCAGAUUAUGAAAUACCAGCUUUUUUGUCAGUAGAAGCCAAGGACCUUAUUCAUCAAUUACUUCGUAGAAAUCCUGCAGAUCGCUUAAGUCUGUCUUCAGUAAUGGACCAUCCUUUUAUGUCUAGAAAUUCAUCAACCAAAAAUAAAGAUAUAGGAACUGUAGAAGACUCCAUUGAUAGUGGACAUGCUACGAUUUCUACUGCAGUUACAGCAUCUUCCAGUACCAGCAUAAAUGGUAGCUUAUUUGACAGAAGAAGAAUUUUGAUUGGUCAGCCUCUCCCAAACAAAAUGACUGUAUUUCCAAAGAAUAAAAAUUCAAGUGAUUUUUCUUCUGUGGGAGACGGAAGCAGUUUUUAUACUCAUUGGGGAAAUCAAGAACAAGAAACUGGUAGUAGUGGGAGGGGUAGAGUAAUCCAAGAAGAAAGGCCACAUUCUCGAUACCUUCGCAGAGCCCAUUCCUCUGAGAGACCUGAGACUUACAACAGUCAGCCUCGAGCAAAGACACACACACUGGAGCGAUGCCAUUCCGCAGAAAUGCUCCCCCAGCCCAGGCAGUCCGGAGGAGAUGAAAACGAAGAGCGAUGCUCACCCGCAAACAGCACUGUCAAUGUUUUUCAUUUCUUUAAAGAAAAGACUUCCAAUAAUUCUGGAUCUUUUGAAAGACCUGAUAUGGAUCAAGCACUCUGCAAUCACCUUUGCCCAAGAAAAACUCCAUUUCCGUUUUCAGACCAGACACCACAGACUGAAAUGAUACAACAGUGGUUUGGGAAUCUGCAGAUAACCGCUAAUUUAAGAGAAACCACAGAUCACGACAGCUUCAGCUCAAAUAGAGGCUUCCAGGGCUGCCUUGAUUUGCAGAAAGACACAUCGAGAAAUGCGUGGACUGAUACACAAGCCAGAAAGAACUCUGACGCUUCCGAUAAUGCACAUUCUGUAACACAACUGAGUGCUGUGAAGUGCGUCGCUGGACUUCAUGGCAAACCUCAGAUAUUUCCACAAGAACCUGGUUUCAGCCUGGAUCCUCUUUCUGAACAAAACAAAACUAGGGAAAUCGAGGCACAACCAGAUUAUCCAAAGCGUACCUUACGAAGCGUUACGUCUCCUUUGAUUGCACAUAGGUUAAAACCGAUCAGACAGAAAACAAAAAAGGCUGUGGUAAGCAUACUUGAUUCCGAGGAAGUUUGUGUGGAGCUUCUAAAGGAAUAUUCAUCUCAAGAAUUUGUGAAAGAAGUUCUGCAGAUAUCCAGUGAUGGAAGUAUGAUUACUGUUUAUUAUCCAAAUGAUGGAAGAGGUUUUCCUCUUGCUGAUAAACCACCUUCACCUACUGGCAACAUCAACAGAUAUGACUUUGACAGCUUGCCAGAAAAAUAUUGGCGAAAAUAUCAGUAUGCUUCCAGAUUUGUGCAGCUUGUAAGAUCUAAAUCUCCCAAAAUCACUUAUUUUACAAAAUAUGCUAAAUGUGUUUUAAUGGAGAAUUCUCCCGGUGCUGAUUUUGAGGUUUGGUUUUAUGAUGGAACAAAAAUACACAAAACAGAAGAUUUUAUUCAGGUGAUUGAAAAAACUGGGUACUCUUACACUUUAAAAAGUAACAAUGAUGUAAAUAGUUUCAAAGAAGAAAUAAGAAUGUACAUGAACCAUGCUAAUGAGGGCCAUCGUAUUUGCUUAGCACUGGAAUCCGUAAUUUCAGAAGAAGAAAAAAAAAGUAGGAGUGUUCCCUUUUUCCCCAUAAUUGUAGGACGAAAACCUGGUAUUACUACUUCACCUAUGUUCUUAUCCCCUCCUCCUGUGGAUCCAGACUAUCCAGCGAGAGAGCAACCGGCGCUGACCGGAAAUGGUGCUCUGUGUCCCACACAGACCCCAGUCGCUCAUCCUAUGGUUACAAAUGAAGGACUUGGCCAAACAACCACAGCUUCUGGAACAAACAACUCCUCUGGCACUCUAAAAGAUUGUCUUCCUAAAUCAGCACAACUUGUGAAAUCUGUUUUUGUGAAAAACGUUGGUUGGGCUACACAGUUAACUAGUGGAGCUGUGUGGGUUCAGUUUAACGAUGGAUCACAGUUGGUUGUGCAGGCAGGAGUUUCCUCUAUCAGUUAUACAUCACCAAAUGGUCAAACAACUAGGUACGGAGAAAAUGAAAAAUUACCAGAAUACAUCAGACAGAAAUUACAAUGUCUGUCUUCCAUCCUUUUGAUGUUUUCUAAUCCAACUCCCAGUUUUCAUUGAAUUGAAACUCCUUUCAGAUAUAUAUAUACAUUUAAUAAAUAACUUUUGUUGGCUUUCAA